AUGGAGAUCAAAUUCAAAGUCCAAAAAGCCCCCGCAAUUCCGAAACCUCCCCCGAAAAACAACACACAGCCUUCAACUCUAGCAUUCGUGCAAGUCAACCCUGCAAAAAAAGAUAAAACAGCCCAGCGAAAAAUCCGCCAACAUGUAAUGAAAGACAUAGGUCUCUCCCGCAGAAUGGGCGCAGUCCGUACACCAGAUCCAACAAGCCAGUCAAUCUUUAUCCCGACAUACUGGGGCGACGCUCAAGUCUGCUAUAACUUCCGCCGACUAUUUCGGGCGAUGGAUAUGGUGUCCGAGGGAUUGUUGUCAAUAGCUAUUGUCGAUCCUGUUUUGAGAUUGAGGCAGAAAUUAACGGCGACCUUUGAGAGUCCACCGACUGUGGAGGAGAUUCAGCAGUACACUGAGUCGUUGAGCUUGGUGAGGGAGGGGAUUGAGGCGGAGAGUAAGGCUAGUGAGAAUGCUGUGAUUGGGACGGUAAUUUGUCUGGCGACAUUUGAUAUGCGUGCUGGAAACUCAGAGUCGUGGAUGGUUCAUAUGGCAGGGCUGGAAAGAAUAGUUGAAAUGGCUGGGGGAGUUGAAGAAUUGGACUCACGCCCCGCUAUCCGACAAUCUCUGUUCAUCUGUGACCUCUUAGGCUCAAUGGUAGAAGACGCUGAACCGAGAUUCCCUCUACCUCGAGAUUUACCGACCUUACCCAAAGCUACCCGGUCCCGAUACGUUCAAAAGCUCUUAACGUCAUUGAGAAGUGAUGACCAGCCGAUUAAGGAACAAAUUGCUGUCAUCGAUGGUGCCCUCACAUCAGCGAAUCAGGUCGCCGUCUUACUAAAUGAAGUAUGGCGGAUCAGUCCAUUUGCGCUUGAUAUCCUCAUUCCAGUAUGCGCCCUGGCACAUCAAGUCUUAGCACUGCAAAGAAUGAAUUCUAUACAGGAACGACAUAAUUCGCCGAGUGCGACGUCUACUGGCCUCUUUGCAGAGAUUAUCCGCGUCUCAGCAGUUUCUCUAUUCGCAUUGGUAACGACACAAGCUUCCGGUGAUGCGCUGUACAUUUGGAAGGUGUCGGUUCUUCAAAGCCCUGGUAUCUGGAUCAGAUUACCCAGACAAUGUCACAUGUUCGGCUACAAUCAUGGGAGGGUUUGA